GGAGCAAUGGCGACGGUCGAGACGGAUUUGGAGGCCAGAGUAGACCUGAAUGUGACCAAACAGAAGCCGAACACAGCAGGUUAGAAUCAAUUUCCUUCCAAUGGAGAGUCUGAAAAUGGAAACAGAGGUGACUGUGUCCUCCUCAGUGAGCGUGGUCUCCUCCUCUGCUACCCAGACUACCAUCUCUCAGGCCACCCUGGCAUCGAAGCAGAGAGACGGCCGAAAACCCACAGCCACGACUCCCCCCUUCCUCUCCAACCUGGGGAGGGCCACCCUGCGGGGGAUUCGCAAGUGUCCGCAGUGUGGCGUCUACAAUGGCACCCGCGGGCUCAGCUGCAAGAACAAAGCCUGUGGGAUUUCCCUCAGAAAUGCUUCUACCACGGCGGGCAGGAAAAGCAAGAAAUGUGGAGUGGAGGUGGUGAAAGUGAUAAUAGACAGUGAGGAGAGUGUCGGGAAAGAGGGUGCAGGAGGAGUCCUGGGUGGCGGCUCAGGUGGAGGAGUCCAGGUGUUUUCAGUGAGUCACAAAGGCAGAGGAGCCACAGCGACGCAGCUGGGCUUUGUUGAACUCGUCCCCACGGAUACGGCUAUAGCUACAGGAGACGGUGCCACCCUGCUAACUCGCAUCAACCUGGGGCGCUGCUUCUUGCCCUCAUGCAGGCAGGGUCAAAGGUCAAAUCAGGGUGAGACAGAAUCAGCGGUGGCCGGUUCAAAACAGUCCUCCGACAGCCUCUGCGUCCACAUUAAACAAGCGAUUGAGUGUCAGAGUCGCGCAACACCACUGACCUUAAAGAGCUCCGUGCUGGAGGGGCUGCAGGCCUCCAUUCAAGCCAAGGAGGAGCUGUGGAGGCUGGCCACGGAGUCUCCUGGCCCCCUGGUGCAGCGCGUGGCAAAAGACACCCUGGUGGUGAAGUGCCACACAGAUUCCCAGCAUCCUCUGGGGCUGCUGCAUCUCACUGUAGGAGCAGGUGGACUGUCGGAGGUUAAGAGCGAGGGGAAGGGCAGAGAGCAGCAGCACACGGUGUGUCACUGCGCCUGUCAGCUCAGCAGCAGGAGAGGUAAACCUGGUGCUGAUGGAGCAGGUGGAUCGUCCGCCAACUCUCUUCCUCCAGCUCCCAGCUCACAGCCCUGCCUUCACUUCUACGCCUGUGUGUGUGCCUUUGCAAGCGACGAGAAACUGGCAACAGAGUUUGCUGCUUUCAUCAACUACACCCCGAGUGGUGUGCAGCAGAACGCCACCAGUAGGCUCUUCAGUCUCAGUGAGAAGCCUCUGCAGCAGGUCGAACCCUUCAUCUCUCAUCACACAACAAAGAAGCUUCGCCUGGAUGAUUCUCUCUCUGGCAGUACGCAGGCUGUGGAUGAGCGUACGGUGACCAUGGGCUUCCAGCAGUGGCUGGCCAGCGUCACAGAGAGGAUCCACCAGACCAUGCACUACCAGUUUGAUGGGAAACCUCAGCCUCUGGUGUACCACGUCCCCCAGGAGUUCUUCAACGCUCUGCAGCAUCGCCUGUCGCUGGGCUCCAAGAAGAGGAGGCUGCCCAACUUCACAACAGCGUUUGUGAGGAAUGAUGGACUUCCUCUCGGCUCUUUCUCCAAGUACACCUGGCACAUCACCAAUCUCAUGCAGGUCAAACGCAUCUUUGACACCUCAGAGCUGCCUCUGGAGCUCUCUCAGAGCUUUGUAAAAAACGCUGACAGCUCGUAUUCACGUUUUCACUGCCCUGAGCCUCCGCCUGAACCAGAACUACCAGAUGGAUUCAGAACAGAUCGGCCGCAGGCUAUACGACCGAUGGAGCUCCGAACCUUCCUCAAAGUUGGACCAGCGGAUCAGAAGGAUGCCAGUCCGUUUGUGAUCGAGUGGAUCCCUGACGUUCUGCCUCGCUGUCAGAUGGGGGAGCUCAGGAUCAGCUUCGAAUUUGGACACCAGCAGAGCGGCCAACAGGACAUCUGUGACAAAACGAGUGUGGCAGAGAAAGGAGGUCCUAAUAAAUCGGACUCAACCCAACCCAAACUCACAAAGGCUGCUGAAAUCCUUCCGGUGGUUGUGUAGUGACAGUAAUCAGUGUCAAACCUGCAAUAAUCCAUUUAACUGCCUCUCUGGGUUUAAAGAUAUGGAUUAAUAUGACUCAUUGACUUAUACAGCAUGUAAUACAUUUAUUAUUAUGCAAGUUAUGGAUAAUCAAUUGCCAUAUGAUUCAUAUGGCAAUCUGAAAAUACUAAUGAUAAAUAUCAUACUGAUAUGAAGGACAGUAUGAUAUUUAUCAUUAGUAUUUUCAGACAAUCUAGUCUGUUGUACACAACUCAUCAUAAUGCCUUUUAUACUGAAUGCUAAGUAUUCAUUACAUCAAACUCAAAGAAAAACAACAAAAAGGAAGAAUAUUUUGGGAAAAAUGCCUUUUUGUUGAAACACAAUAAGACACAUCAUACAACCAGAAAGAAGAAAAACGUAUACCUUGUAUUUAAAACUAAAUAAGACAUUUUAAUGAACUUGAUAGUUUACUACAGAUGAAAAUGUUUCUUCCAAUGGGAAAACACACAUUCACUAUUCCCUAACCUUUCCUAAAGGUUAACUGACCUGUAUUUGUGUUCAAGAUGUCUGUGUUUCUAUGGAAACCAUAAAGGAAAUAAAACACAU